UGCCAAAGAGCUGAAUGUUGCCAUGAGCAAAUCAACCGGAUGAUUGCUGAUAUAGACAAAGAUGGCAGCGGAGGGAUAGAUUAUGAGGAGUUUGAGCAUAUGAUGACUGCUAAAAUUGGAGAGAGGGAUUCUAAAGAGGAGCUUACAAAAGCAUUCCGUAUUAUCGACCAAGAUAAAAAUGGGAGGAUUUCAGAUGUUGAUAUUCAGCGGAUUGCCAAAGAAUUGGGUGAGAAUUUCACUUACGAAGAGAUUCAAGAAAUGGUGCGAGAGGCUGAUAGAAAUGGUGAUGGCGAGAUAGAUUUCGACGAGUUUACUAGGAUGAUAAGGAGUACAAGCUAUGGUUACUAGGUGGAUCACCCUGCGAGUGCUUGAUGUUGUGCAGGUGUUUUAUAACCACCGUGCGUGUGCUUACCGUAUUAGCUGCUGUAGUUACCCUGAACAAUAAUGUUGUGCUCUGCCUACUUAAGGAUGGUGACAUGUUUAUGCA